AUGGAGCUGCUCGCCACCUUGUCGUCCAUCGUCGUGGACUGCAGAUGUGCUGCUGGUUUACGGUUUAAAAGUGCCCAGCCCUACCUGCUCGCCAGCACCCUAGUGGCAGCUGCGCUGCUCGCGCUCGCUGCGGCGGCGCCCGGGCACGAUACCUCGGAGGCGAGACAGCCGGGCAACGGCACCGACCUUGCGGCGCUGCUCGCCUUCAAGGCCGCGCUCUCCGAUCCACUCGGCGUGCUCCGCCACAACUGGAGCGGCAGCGCGGCCGUGUGCGACUGGGUCGGCGUGUCAUGCGGCAGCCGGCGCCACCCGGGCCGCGUCAUGUCCGUGGCGCUGCCCGACAUGGCGCUCCAGGGGCAGGUUGCGCCCAGCAUCGGUAACCUCUCCUUCCUCUCCGUCCUCAACCUCACCAACGCCAGCCUCACGGGGCCGAUCCCGCCGGCCCUCGGCCGCCUGCGCCGCCUCCAGUACCUCGUUCUCAACCAGAACAGCCUGUCAGGUUCCAUUCCGGGCGCCAUCGGCAACCUCACGAGCCUUCAGAUCCUUGAUCUGUAUCACAACAAGCUAACCGGUGAAAUCCCUCUGGAGCUGCAAAACUUGCGCAACCUCAUGUACAUCCGCCUUGACACAAACCAAUUGAGCGGGCCGAUACCUGCUAGCAUGUUCAACAACACGCCAUUGCUGAGCUCGCUCAACCUGGGGAACAACAGCCUCUCGGGUCCCAUACCGGCGAGUGUCGGCUCUUUGUCUGGGCUCAAAAUCCUGGCCCUGCAAGACAACCAGCUGUCUGGUCCUGUGCCGCCGGCCAUCUUCAACAACUCCGUGCUUCGGGUGAUGGCCCUAGUAAAGAACAACAAUCUCACGGGGCCAAUCCCUGGCAAUGAAAGCUUCAAUCUACCCAUGUUGCAAGUAUUGACCCUUUCCCGAAAUGACUUCGGGGGAAGAAUCCCGUCUGGUCUCGCGGCAUGCCGAUUCCUCCGGAUACUUUCAUUGUCCUAUAACGUCUUUGAUGAUGUCAUCCCAGCAUGGUUGCCAACACUGUCCCAACUUACUUAUGUUUCUUUGGGUGGGAAUAACCUUGCUGGGUCAAUCCCCACUGGGCUGCACAAUCUUACUCAACUUAGUCAACUCGAUCUCGUCGAAUCGAAUUUAGUUGGAGAGAUCCCAACAGAUCUAGGACAGCUAAAGCAGCUCUCAUGGCUAAAUCUUGCAGCGAACCGACUAACCGGUUCCAUUCCCGCUUCACUUGGCAACUUGACCAUGGUCGCUCAGUUGGAUUUGGCUCACAACCAAUUGGAUGGCACCGUGCCUUCAACAUUCGGUCAACUCGGAGUUCUUGGGUUUCUCAAUGUUGAAGGAAACAACCUUGGAGGAGAGCUUGAUUUCUUAGACGCUCUUUCUAGCUGUAGGGCUCUUCGAAAUCUGUACAUAUCAAUGAACUCUUUCACAGGUAGUAUCCCCGACAACGUUGGGAAUUUUUCAAACAAUUUGCAAGCUUUCUACGCGCAUGAGAAUCAAAUCUCCGGUAGCUUGCCACCUGUGAUGGCAAAUUUAAGUGGCCUCAUUGCAAUUUCUCUCUACAGCAACCAACUAAGCCAAACUAUUCCCCCACAAAUCAUGCUGAUGGCGAAUCUCCAGAUCCUCAACCUCUAUAAUAAUCUAAUGGUAGGGCCGAUCCCGAUUGAAGUUGGCAUGAUGACAAGUCUGGUUGAAUUGCAUUUGGGAGCUAACAAAUUCAUCGGACAGGUACCUGACGCAGUUGGCAAUCUCAGCAAUCUACAAAGCUUGACCUUAUACCAAAACAACCUAUCUUCUUUCAUACCCAAUAGCUUGUGGCACCUUGAAAACCUUAUCGAGCUUAACUUGUCACAUAACUCCCUGAGUGGCAUGCUACCGCCCAACAUCGGGAGCGUGCGAGCAUUAGUCCAGAUGGAUCUAUCAACAAAUCAUCUGUCAGGGCCCAUUCCUUUGUCUCUAGGUCAACUCCAAGCAGUAACCUUCAUUAACCUUUCUCAUAACAUGUUUCAGGAUUCCAUACCAGACUCACUUGGCAAGUUAACUAGCAUAGUUACAUUAGAUUUGUCUAACAAUUCGCUUUCUGGAACUAUUCCAAAUUCCUUGGCCAGUCUCAUGUACCUUACGAACUUGAACCUUUCUUUCAAUAAUCUCGAAGGUCAGAUACCGACGGGCGGAAUUUUCUCAAACAUUCCUCCUUACUCUUUAGUGGGAAAUGAACCUCUUUGUGGUCUACCGCGCCUAGGGUUCCCACCAUGCGCGAGAAGCUCUCACUCAGCAAAACUCCAUAGUUUGAAAUAUAUUCUUCCUAGUAUCGCGGCGUUGGUUAUUGCCAUCAUUAUCUUGUCACUAAUCUUCAGAGAAAAAUUUAAGGCAGCAAAGACAGGAUCCAUUCAGCCCCCAAGAGCUGAUAUUAUUGACCACAUGUUUGUAUCGUACCAUGAGAUCAUUCGAGCUACUAGAAAUUUCAGCGAUGACAAUCUCAUUGGUGUUGGGAGCUUUGGGAAGGUUUUCAAGGCCCAAUUGAGUGAUGGCUUAAUUGUUGCAAUUAAAGUCCUUAACAUGGAAUCUGAGCAAGCGUCCAAGAGCUUCGACAUCGAGUGCCAAGCAUUGCGCAUGGCUCGACACCGCAACUUGGUACGGAUAUUGAGCACCUGCUCCAAUCUGGACUUCAAAGCCCUGGUGCUUGAGUACAUGCAUAAGGGGAGCCUGGAGUCUCUUCUACAUUCAGAAGGCAGGCUGCAUUUGGGGUUUAUCAAGAGGUUAGACAUAAUGUUGGAUGUGGCAAUGGCAUUGGAAUACCUACAUUACCAUCACUCUGAUGUUAUUCUACACUGCGACUUGAAACCAAGUAAUGUCCUACUUGACGAGGAGUACACCGCGCAUCUCGCGGAUUUUGGCAUUGCAAAGCUGUUGCUAGGGGAUGGUACCUCCUUUGUCAUAUCAGCUAGCAUGCCUGGGACAAUCGGCUACAUGGCUCCAGAGUAUGGGUCUAUAGGAAAAGCAUCUCGAAAGAGUGAUGUCUUCAGUUACGGAAUCAUGCUACUCGAGGCCUUCACAGGGAAGAGGCCUACGGACCCGGCAUUCAGCGGAGAGCUGAGCCUAAGGCAGUGGGUUAACGAUGCGUUCCCGUCUCGGCUUGUUGACGUUAUCGACCCUGUCAUGCUGCAAGAGGGGAAAGAGGACGGCUUCGGUGAUGUUGGCACAUGUUCCACUGCUGGCGCCCCUAACACAUUGGGCAGCUGCCUGGCGUCAGCAGUGGAGGUGGGCUUGUUGUGCUCCGACGAGUCACCUGACAGAAGGAUCCCAAUGAACGAAGUGGUGAACAGGCUGAAGAAGAUUAGGAAGGGUUACAUCUCCCAGCCCGAUCGAGGAGUAAGCGCAUUGGAGAUCGAAGGACAUCAAGGUGGAUGAAAGAAUACCCUAUCGACUUUGCUCUGUUUUUUACUACCAAUUCGGUGACAUUACAAGAGCUGUUUUACCACCAACUGUCAUUGCAAGCAUAUAAACUACAAGGCUUUUGCUUUGUCAAACUAGCAUUAAGUUACUGUAUAUAGAUGCAUGUAUUCCUACAUCAA